AUGUCCGAUUCUACCUUCCACACCACUGCGCAAGACAUUCGCAAGGCCGAGUCCAAGGUUGCCCAGUCACACGGUGGCAAGCCCCCAGCAGACUCCGACGUCUCUCAGAUGAAGUCGAUUAUCGAUCAAAACACCGACAAGCCCGCAGAAAUCGAGAACACCAAGGCCAACCUGCCUCUGCCCAAACAACCUCCAGCUGCCAGCGAUUUCAACUCCCUUGACCAGCGGACCACUGGUGUUGGAUCUGGACGUGUCGAGUUCCCCCCUGAUAACAGUGGCCUGCGCGAGGGUGCAGCUGCCGGCAGCAGCGCCCGCAUUGAUGGCAAGCAGCUGCACAAGACCACUGCGCCCUAA